AAAUUGCAUUCGUAAUCUGUAUUUGCUGUAUAGUGCUCCGCGUCAGUGUCGCGUACUUACACGUUGUAGUUUUUUGAUUAUUUACUUUAAUCUUAUCUGAUUUACCGCUUGUUAUUUGAUUAAUUAUAUUAUAACUUCAACAAUGUCGACUCCGGAGGAAACUGCUCAACUUAAGGCUGGCCAUCCCCCAGCAGUGAAGGCUGGCGGCAUGAGAAUAACACAACAUAAAACAGGACAUGUGAAAGAGUCCAAGGAUGUUGUACAUAGUGAAGACCUCACCGGACUCGCUGGUAUAGCCCCAGUUCCAAUCAACCCAGUGCUUACAUCGGGGGCUCCAAACAAAGGCAACACGGACUUCACACCACAAGCGGCACAGGUGGCCCACAGUCCAAAGCCUCCCGCUCAUAUAAAUAUUAAGCCGGCUACCAACAUUCAACAGCCUAGGAAGUGAACUUAGCUGUAUGACAUAUCAACAACAUGUUAGGUGUUUCAAGAUUUUAAAAUAACAUAUAAGUUUCAUGGUUUUUCAUCUUUAACAGAUAAUAUAUAUGACGCCUAACAUAAACUGCUCACCAUACACAUGGUUAUAAACCAUUGUAAUGAUUGCUGGGAACCAUAAUGAUUUAAUUGCAACAUUUUUCCUUUUAAUUAUAAGAAUAUAUAAAAUAUAUGAAUAACUGUUUCCUUAUCUCUCAUAAUAAGUUAUAUUUGUACUCAAAAUAUUAAUAUAUAUACAUAAAAGUAUUUUGAGAGACUUAAAUAAUAUAUUUGUUUGGUGUUAAUCAAAAUUUUAUUCAGUUUUUUUUAUUGAGUGAGUUUGUAUUUAAGUUAAUAUUUUGUUUUUUUUUUUUUGCGACGACUGAUUUAUCUGUAGCAAUUUUUUUUUUUACAUUCCAUAGACAAUUCACAUUCUAUACUUGAAACUAUUGUAAAAAUCAACAAUAGUCUAUGGUAUAUAAAAUUGGUGCUAGAAAAUAAUUGGUUGCAUUUAAAAAUAUAUGAUACGUCUUGUUCUGUUAAUAAUAUCUGUGUAUUUUUUUUAUUCAUGGUGGAAGUGGUUUUGAUCUUUUCACCAUAUUUUAUUUCUUUUCAUAGUUUUAAAUAUAUUUAUAAAAAUAU